UUAAGCUGACCAAAAGCAAAGAAAGGACCCUUCCUCUGUCGUAAAGUCUAAACUCCAAAGAUAAAUAAAUAAAACUGCUCCCAUUGUUUAAUUUGUUUGCAUCCAUUUUGUUGUUGUCUUACAUAAGAAGAUUCAAAAUUUGUAACUUCUUCAUUCUUUGAUCCCAACUUCCAAAUCUCCUUUCUUCCCUUAACAACACAACAGUUGCUACUUUCUUGUAUUCUCCUCUGCUUGCUUGUUUUUAUCUUAUCAUGGCCGGUCGUUACGACAGUAACCCCUUCGACGAAGAACAAGUCAACCCCUUUUCUAAUUCUGGAGGUGUUGCCCCUGCCACAAAUUCAAGACCUGCACCUCUUAAUCCCGAACGUGCUGGUUACAAUUAUGGUUUUGGGCAGACAGUUGAUAUACCUCUUGAUGCAUCAACGGAUGUCAAAAAGAAGGAAAGAGAACUCCAAGCUAAGGAGGCUGAAUUAAGAAAACGAGAGCAGGAAGUAAGACGGAAAGAAGAAGCCAUUUCAAGAGCUGGAAUUGUUAUUGAAGAGAAGAAUUGGCCACCAUUUUUCCCAAUUAUCCAUCAUGAUAUCGCGAAUGAAAUUCCAGUUCACCUUCAAAGACUUCAAUAUGUUGCGUUUUUUUCGUUGUUAGGGUUAGUGUUGUGCCUUACAUGGAAUGUUGUAGCUGUCACCGCAGCUUGGAUUAAGGGAGAAGGUGUAAAAAUAUGGUUUCUUGCCAUUAUCUACUUCAUAGCAGGGGUUCCUGGAGCAUAUGUCCUGUGGUAUAAACCAUUAUAUCGUGCAUUUAGGACUGACAGUGCUAUUAAAUUUGGAUGGUUUUUUCUGUUUUACCUGCUUCACCUUGGGUUCUGUAUCUUAGCUGCUGUUGCCCCUCCUAUAGUUUUCAAAGGAAAAUCCCUGACGGGAAUUCUGUCAGCCAUAGAUGUGAUUGGUGACUAUACUAUUAUUGGGAUUUUCUACUUCAUUGGAUUUGGAUUGUUCUGUCUUGAAACAUUGAUCAGUGUCUGGGUUAUCCAGCAAGUAUAUAUGUACUUCCGUGGCGGUGGUAAGACUGCUGAGAUGAAGAGGGAAGCUGCACUGGGAGCAAUGGGGGCUGCUCUACGAUGAAGCACCUUCUGAAGGCAAUAUGAAUGUCUUGUAUUUAAAUGUGUUGUAAAUUACUUGCCAUAGAAAUUGUGUUACAAUAUUUCACCGAGAUUUUUUGUUUCUGUUUCUCUCUUCUUUAACAUGCUACCUGUUAUAUGUGGUUUGUUAAUGUAUAUUAUAAACAGAAAAUGUAGACAUUAAAGUGAUUGGUUAAAGUAUGCUACAUUUUAUUGAGUUAUAUACAUAGUUUUGUAAUUUUGUUGA